AUGGCCUAUUUCUACCCCCUCCUCCACUGUCCCCCCUCCCCCAAAUUUCGAGCUCCUCCUCCCGUCGGCAAGCAGGACUCCUUCUGCGAUGACUUUAGCCAGGCGCUUGUCUGUGUUGGGGGAUCUCAGAUCCCUUCGCAAGUCCCUGAUUCGCAGCCCACGUAUGAGUCCAAGGUCACCCCUCUGCCUGUGUCUGACCUGGUGGCUCAGGUAGCGGCAGAGGUGGCAGCUAGGUUGGCCACCACUAAGAAGUACAAGAACCGUUGGGAAGCGGAGAGGGCCUUGAAGACCGGGCAGGAAAGGAAUGCCACCAUGAAAUGGCUUCCAUUCAUGUUCAGCUUCGUGUUGGAGAAGAUGUGCGGCUUGAUCCAGAGCGGGGUGAGAACUGACAAAGGCUUCAAGGAAGUCCAUCUCAAUUAUGUGGCGAAGGGCCUAGCUGAGCAUUGUGGUGUCUCCGUCUGCUCCACUCAGGUGUACAACCACCUGAGGAAGUGGAGGCAGAGGUGGCUCACCAUUAGCAAGCUCCACGAUCUAAGCGGUGCUCAGUGGUGCGAGGACACCAAAUUCAUCGUCCUUGAGGGUGAGCACUACUACGGGCACGUCGCGGAUCACCCAAAGGACGCGGAGUUCCUCAAUGUGCCCAUCGCCAACUACAACGAGAUGCAUACCAUCUUCUCCUUCGGCCUCGCCACCGGCAAGUACGCCAUGGGAUCCAAUGAGCCCCUGGGCUCGGCUGCAGCAAAUCCUGCACCUGAGGAUGCUGAAACCCAGGAGUCCGACACGGUGAACCUCGAUGCUGACAAGCACGACGUGCCUGAGAAGCCGACCGCUGGCAAGAGGAAGAGAGGUGCCUUCGUCGACGACGAGCUGGUGGCCUUCACCAACAUGAUUGUUGCUGUGAAGGACAUCGCACAGGCCAUCAGGGACAACAAGCCCACAGACAUGCACCCUGACCUGUACAAUGCGGUCAUGGAAAUGCUUGGCUUCGCCGAGGAUGAUCUCAUGGCCGCCCUCAGCCACCUCGUCGACCAUAAGGCCCAGGGUUCUAGCUUCGUCGGCAUGAUCGAGCCACACCGCGUCCUCUGGCUGAGGAACUACCUUGGCAAGUACCACGUCAAGGUGUAG